CACUCAAACCUACACUGAGGAGAAACAACAGGCAAUGGAGGUCCUCCAGAACUUCAAGCAGUCACAGGCUGCAACAAAGGAAUCCAUCCUGCAGGCUGACAAGGCCCUCACUGCUGGGGAGAAGGCUCUAGCAGCUGAGCAGGCCAAGACGGAGGCAGUGGAAAGGGAACAGGAGCUCCUAAAGCAAACACUGAAUGAAACACAGCAAAAAAUGGAGGCUCAAGAGAGAAGCUUCAAGAAAAACAUAGCCCUACUGAAGGACAAAAUGAAAAUAGAAAAAGAAAAUGAACAGAAAAACCAGGAAAAAAUGGCGAAGUACAUGCAGAGUGUUGAAGAGUUAUUGAGGAAAAAGCAGGAGAAAGAGAUGCAGCAUGAAAUUGAAGUGCAACGUAUAAAGGCUGAAUCUGAAGCAACUACAAGAAAAAUAUUGGAGGAAGUACAAAAGAUGAAUGAACAGAAGUGGAAAGAGAGAGAAAAGAAUUAUCAGGAACGUAUGAAAAGACUUGAGGAAGUGGAGAAGGAAUCUGAGCGGAAAAUUGAGCGGCUUCACGAGGAGAACAAGAAACUUGAAAAUGAGUUACAGUCCAAGGGAUCAU